AGCGCUCUGAAGGUGACUACCGCCAGAUUCGAAGUAGGCCGUGCGAUUUGUGACUUGAAUAACCGAUUUAUGUAUCCAUUGAUUCUUUAUUUAUACAUUAAUAUUGCCUUCGAUAUUUCGUAUACACGUGCUUAUGUCAACAGAACAGUGUAUUUACCAUGUAACGAUCACCAGUCACCACUUGAAAACAACUUGUCAUCGUGCCUCUUGAAUCAGCUGAAGCUAAUAUGUCAUCCGUUACAAUGGACCAAGUAUCAGAGCUAGGUGAUGGACAUUCUGAUUCCACAACAACUAUCCCAGUCUACCAUAUUGAAAUAUGCCAAAGUCCUUCUAGCACAGCACAAGGAAGCAUAGUGAAAGAACAUGUCCUUGGCCUACUACAUAGACAGAAGGUAGCCUACGGCGAUUUCGUCCUCACAGAAUUUGAUGAUCCUUUUUUACAUGAACAUGUCAACUCUAUAGCACUGUGUGAUUCUGACCUCAGUGGCUCAAAUAGACAGACAAUAGACCUUUGUGGGAGGCAGCUGAGGCUGCAUGUGUUCCAGCUACAGGAAGAUGGCCCAGGAAUUGAGGAGCUUGAUGAAGAGGAACUUGCUGCGGCCUCCCACUGGCUUCUCCCCGCUCGGGAACUCCAUGGGAUGUGGGAUAGCUUGGUGUUUGAUGAAAAUGUCAAGAGCCAACUGUUGAACUAUGCUACUACAACAUUGUUGUUCUCCGACAGACAAGUUGACAGCAACAUUAUAACCUGGAAUAAAGUCAUACUUCUUCACGGUCCACCUGGUACUGGGAAGACGUCUUUAUGUAAGGCCUUGUCACAGAAGUUGGUGGUGCGACUCUCUGAUCGCUACAGUUAUGGCCAACUCAUUGAGAUUAACAGCCACAGUCUCUUCUCCAAGUGGUUCUCAGAGAGUGGUAAGCUUGUGAUGAAGAUGUUCCAGAAGAUACAGGAGCUAAUUGAUGACAAGGAAGCCAUUGUGUUUGUGCUCAUUGAUGAGGUUGAGAGCUUGACGUCAGCGAGAAAGAGUGCUAUGUCUGGUAGUGAACCAUCUGAUGCCAUUAGAGUGGUCAAUGCCCUACUUACACAGCUUGAUCAGAUCAAGAGACAGCCAAACGUCAUGAUCCUGACCACAUCCAAUGUGACAGGAGCCAUUGACCUGGCCUUUGUAGACAGGGCAGACAUCAAACAGUAUAUAGGCCCUCCAUCUCCAGCAGCCAUCUUCAAAAUAUUCCACUCCUGUAUAAGUGAACUGAUGAGGGUUGAAAUCAUUAGUCCUACCCAGCAGUUGUUGGAUCUAAGGGGCCUGGAAGCAAUGAGAUUCAUGGAAAAUGAUGCCACCAAAAAUAGCCUGAUGCUUCGUGAUAUUGCUAAUAAAAGUCACGGACUCAGUGGGCGGACAUUAAGGAAGCUGCCAUUUAUUGCACAUGCCAUGUUUGUUCAGGGCACAUCGGUGACGUUAGAGGACUUCUUGGUAGCCCUCAGCCAAGGAGUAGAUCGACAGUUCCAGGAAAGAGAAGAUUUAACAAAGGAAUGAUGUUAUAGAGAAUGGGAGAUAAUAGCGGACACCUAAUUCAUGGCCAACUUUAUGUGAUAAGUCAAUAAGAAGACUUGUGUGGUAUUGAACAGCUGGCCAUACUGCCCACCACUGGACACUGUCUGCCUUUAAUAAUAUAGGGAAAGGUUGACAAUUGAUUGACUGCUGAGUACUGUAAAAAUCAAUUAUCAUGACAGCAUAAAUCAGUGCACCCAGAACUAAGCAGCAUUAUGAAGUGCUUGUUUCAUUACUUGUAGAAUUAUGAAGUGCUUGUUUCAUUACUUGUAGAAUUAUGAAGUGCUUGUUUCAUUACUUGUAGAAUUAUGAAGUGCUGUCACAUUAAUCACACAGUUACAGAUAACAAUCAUCAACAGUUUUAUUAGUUACAUGAUGUAUUAUCUAUAUACAUAUGCUGGACUCUUGUUUACCCGGCCAAAUAGUUGGAAUAUCUUCAUCCUGCUGCAAAUGUCAAUACUAAUCCUUCAUGUUUUACCUAUGCAAUAUGUUAUAGUUUAGGAUCACACAUAAGUGCUCAAGAGGUCACAUUUUGGAAGAUUUUUCCUAAACCCAACUAAUUGUUUCCUUACAUUAUCAGUAAGUUUUAUACCAGAAUAACAGAAAAUGGCACAUAAAAACAGAACUUCUUAUGCAAUGGAGUCAGAUAUUGUACAAGUGUGUUUGAGGAAUGGAGAUUUUCCAUUUUUAGUUAACAGCCUUUAAACUUAAAAACUUAAAUUAUUGGUUUAUGUUUUGAUAACUGUAUUUAUCAGCUGUAUCAAAGUUUGUGUCAUGAAAUGGCCAUAGGCAUAGCACGUGUCUGUCUGUCAGUCUGUCACACUGACAUUUAGUUAAAUUAUUGUGAUGUUUUAUCAACAUUUUUAUCUCAAUAUUGCAUCAAUUUGAUCAGAAUAAUUUGGACUGUCAUUAAACUUAAAAUUUAAUUUCUGUUUCUCUGUCAUUACUAAGAAUUUCUGAACUAAUGUUAAGAUAUAACAUUGAAAUAUGAAAAUAGAUUUAUAAUUAUUUCAGUAUUCAAAUUCCAAUGUUAAGACAAAAUCUUACAAAAAUAAACAGGUUGUCAUUUUUGGUUUAUUUCUCUUUUAAGAUUUCUAUUAGACUAGAAUUGGGGUAUGCAUUCUCUAUUUGUGCAAUAAGUUUGUCUUUUACAGAUCAAGAUCAAAGAAUCAGGUCAUUUUCAAAAAAAAAAAAAAAAAAGUUCUGAACUAGAAUCAGACAGCACCUUGAUAAGGUUGUGCUUAAUUGAAAUAUAUAUGGAUUUAUGGAUACAUUUGUGGUCAUGUAUUACUGCUUCAUGUGUCAAAAACAACCAUAUCAGGUCGGACACCAAUGUAUUUGAAUUUCAUAAAUUUGUGAGAAGUAAGGGACUGUAUGAUUAAUACAAUAUGAAACAAUUAUCUACAUUUCCAAUAAUACAUCAUAUUGUCAUAAAACGAUCUCAAGCCUCAAUGAAAUACUAAAGUUAUAAUAACCUCGUAUGGUUAUUUUAUCUACAAUUUGUGGUUAUUAUGAUAUUUUCUAUUAUGAACUCAAAUAAAAUAAUGUAUUAACUAA